GUAAACUGGUGAGAGAAAUCAGAUCCUGAAGUUGCGUCUCGCUAAUAGAGUGGUACGGAUGUGGUGCGUUCAUAACCCAAAUAUUCUGACACCUUAUUCCUUUAAAACGAUACCAAACGGACAGUGAGCUGCUAUAUAAGCCUCAGCAAAGUGGACGAGUUGAUUUUGCUGACGACUUCAUACUUUUCUGGAGGCCUGGGGGAAACACAACGUUAAGCUAACGAUAAGUAUCCACCAUGUCGUGGGAAGAAAUGCCUUGUUUUCUGGCCUCGCCUCUGAGCUCGCCUCUGCCCCGUUCGCCUGCUCUCUGAUCCUACCGGACAACAAAACAAGCAGAGGUGGUUAACGUAGCACUCAGCUGUCAAUGCGGCUAACAGUUAGCAUUAUAAAUUAGCCCACACCGACGGUUUUACUCUAGCUUGUUAGCUCGCGAGCCAUGGCGGACAGCUUUGGAGAGCAGUCCAGCGGCGGUGCCCUUGGCUUAGGCGUUACCGGACAGGGCAGCGGGGCUUCGCUUCUGCCGACUUUGGCUAACUCUCUGCCGGUGGGACACUCAACAGCCAGCGGUGCUCAGUCCAGCUCUAACCCGGCCUCCCCUCCUCCCGCCGCGGCCGCGCAGAUUGGCCUAACCGCUCUGGUGGCCCCUAUGUCCGCUGUCACUGCUACCCCGGCCGGUUUUGGGAACACAUUCACCCCCGGCUCCUCGCCACCAGUAGUGGCCGUGUCUCCGACCGUACACGCCUCCUCGCCUCUCCCCGUUGGGCUCGGGGUCGGCGGGGUGGCAGGAGCGGGCCUUCUGUCUCAAAUCCACGCUACUUCUUGGGACCCGACUCUCAGUACGGACUGGGACAACGAGAAGGCUUCCCAGCAGUGCAUCUUGAGGAUAAAGAGGGAUAUCAUGUCCAUAUACAAGGAGCCUCCACCAGGGAUGUUUGUUGUCCCUGAUCCUCAAGACAUGACGAAGAUCCAUGCCCUGAUCACAGGGCCGUUCGACACACCGUACGAGGGUGGCUUCUUCCUCUUCCUGUUCCGCUGCCCCCCCGACUACCCCAUUCACCCACCCCGAGUCAAGCUCAUCACCACUGGACACAACACUGUUCGCUUCAACCCCAACUUUUACCGCAACGGCAAGGUCUGCCUCAGUAUCCUGGGGACAUGGACAGGCCCAGCAUGGAGCCCAGCCCAGAGUAUCUCGUCUGUCCUCAUCUCCAUCCAGUCUCUGAUGACGGAGAACCCCUAUCACAAUGAACCUGGCUUUGAACAGGAGCGCCACCCAGGCGACAGUAAGAACUACAACGAGUGUAUUCGACAUGAAACCAUGAGAGUGGCUGUGUGUGACAUGCUGGAGGGCAAAGUCCCCUGUCCUGAAGCACUAUGGAGUGUGAUGGAAAAGUCCUUCCUAGAAUAUUACGAUUUCUACGAGGGUGUCUGCAAAGAGAGACUGCAUCUACAGGGACAGAACAUGCAGGACCCAUUUGGCGAGAAACGUGGUCGCUUCGACUACCAGGGCCUGCUGGCUCGCCUCAACGCCACCCACAGGCGAAUACGUGAGAAAAACUUGGCAGAGGACGACCACAACGAUGACGAUUCAGACUCAGACACCAGCUCCUCUGGGACAGACCCUGACAGCCAGGGCAGCUCCCAGCCCUGACUCCCUGAACAGUACUGGACUCAGAGCCAGUCCAAGAACUACAGACAAAGGGACCUUUUUUUGUUUUGUUUGCAGUGGAGGAACAACGUCACUGAAGAGAAUGCCACACCUACGUCAAAGUUUAGUGAGUCCAGGGUUUAGGGUUGGAAUCAAGCUUCUGUUGAAUGGAUGUUUCCGAGAGGGAAGAAUUGGUAGUGCUCUCUUGAAAAUGAAAAGUGAACACCAUCUGCUAGACAAAUGCUGGCGAAUCUGGCCCAGAGCAUUGUAUUUGUGCUACUUUCGUAGCUAACCAGCUGCGAUUUUGGUGUCCUGUUUGAUUCUAAAACUUGUCGGCUCCCAAAAUGCCUGAUAGAUUUUGAGAGUAACCAGCCAUUGUUGAUUGUGGAUAUAAAAGAUUAGUUUUAUGGCUCAAAUCUUUGAAAACAUAUAUGCAGAUAUUGCAGCAUUCUAAGGUGGCAGUUCUGCUUUGACCUACAAGCCCAAACAAAGCCAGUCAGUUUUAUACUCCUUACCAAGGAAAGACUGUCUGAUUGGGAUCGUCAAGGAAAAGGCCUGGAGCUCAGUUUGGCUUCAAAGUUGAGACAGGUUUGGGCCAGACGAAUGGACCUUCUACUGUGAAAGUCGGGGUGAUUAGCCUGAGUUAGCUGGAGCAUUGAAAGAUGAUGGUCCUUCUUUAAAGUAGCACUGUCUUCUUUGGAUUCAAGAGGGCAGGAAGCUAUGACAGACCUUUAACAAACAGAAGGUAGUUGGAGAAAAUGUCGAGGCUUUGCAGGUCUUGUCUCUUCUGCCCAUGGUAAAGCCACGCCACAGCUCUUUCAGACUGAACCUCAGCCACCUCUAUAACCAGGCCACAUCAAACAUCAGCAGCUCUCGAGUCUGAAUACAGUGAUUCCUGUGUAUUGUACAAAAAGUUCUGCUUAGCUUUCAGUUUAAAUAGUGCUGUUGAAUUGACAGUAAAUCUGUUUACCAGAUAAGAAGCCGUUAGAGAAAUGUCACUUUCAUUGACAUCUACCUUUGUACCCUUUGUUAUGGUAUUUUCUCAUUGUCGUGCUGGAACUAAUGCUUAUUUACAGUGUGUAGGUUGUUUAUUUGGAGACCCUGCUGUUCUUCGGGUUGCAGGCUCUUCUGAUUAACCCAUCGAGAUGUAAACCAAACUAUCCUGUGCUUUAGCUAGAUCCACACUGCACUGUGUUCACACUGCAAGUAACUCAGUCACACUGUUGUGUCUGUAUGAGGGGCCCAACUUAAGGCUUUGGUUGCACCUCUACAGAGGUACACACAGAAGGCAGAUCAAUCAAUCGUGGUUUCACUGCUUUGGUAUUGGUUUCUUUAAUUUAAUUUAAUUCUUUGACACUUUGCUGACUAAGUAGCUUUUGUUAAAAAGAAACUGAUAAACCCUGUUCUUAACAAAGUUGUCAUUUUGGGUGCAUGCUUUUCACCACUAGAUGGCAGGCUUGCCACAGAUUUGGGUUCGAUGUUACAAACUCAAAUUAAUAGGGUAAGUAAGGCAGUGAAGAAAUCUGAUUAGCCAGCAAUUUUUCAACAGUAUGUUUUGUCCAGGCACACCCCAGCAAGAUUCACUCGUCAGCGACACAAGAAACUAAUGUACUUGUUGACAACAUUGCUUGCAGUGUGAUCACAGUGGUGGGCAUUAUCAAGGAAAGAAGAGAAGAGAGCAGAGUUUGUAGGGUUUUAUGAGUGGAGAAACACUCCAGGAUAGCUUCAGAUAGAUUUCUAUCCAAGUCUUGCUAAAUACUCACAUGCCUUCAUGUAUGUUGAAUGUGUUAUUCCACCUGUUUGUACUGGCUGUGAAAAGAUCUUUUUCUAGCCCGACUCAGUCAGCUGUAAGAAACGGGACUAAAUCUACAGUCUUCAUUUCAGUUCAGCCAUGUGAGUUACACAAAUCAAGUGGCUGUGUUUGUUCUGGUCGUCAGGCAUAGAUUAAUUACUGUUUUUGUGCCCGCUAUGUGACUACCAGGACACAUCCGAGUUAGUGGAGGGAUUCCAUGCUGGAAACGUCUGUGGAAAGUGAAAUUUUGUACUAAUAAUACUUAAUAUCGGAAGAUACCCACUUUGUAAUAAGUUUUUGCAAAGAACAGGAAGGGAUCUCUUCACAGCCAGUAUGGAGAGGAGGAAUGAUAAUACUGAGUAACCAGCACCACCAGUAACACUUCCAGAGUUAAUGCAGAAUGUGAGCAUUGCCGAGAGUUGGAUCAGAUUGAUGCCACACUCAUGUCUGUUUGGUAAAUAUGAAGCCGCAGUCAGUUAGCAUAAAGACUAAAAAUUGGGUACAGCUAGCCUGUCUGUCUAAAUGUAAUGAUAUCCACAUACUCAAAAGCUCACUAAUUAACUAUUAAAUGUCCUCUGUUUAAUCUGGGCAAAACCAAAGUGUAAAAUUAACUUUUUUGACAUUUUACAGGGAGAUUAUAAGGCAAGAAAUAGUCCCGUAUAUAACCAACCAUAAAACUCUUUAAAACUUUGUCGUUUUUGCAGAUUAACGAACAAGAUGUGACAUUUUAUUGAGUGAGUAUUAGAGGUGGUGGUGGGUGGACUUUUGUUUUGUUACUUUUGGACAGAGCCAAACUAGCUGUUUUCUGUGUGAUAACUAACCAGCUGCUGUCUUUAGCCACAUAUUUACCUGAUAUGCAAGUACAGAUCAAUCUCUACAUUAAACGCUCCGCCACAAAGGAAAUAAGUACAUUGCCAAAAAUGUACUGCUUCUUUAAACCCAAAUACAGACUCUUAAAUUUCGGCAUACCACCCAUCUUAUACUCUUUUCAAGAAACUUGUCAUCAUGGUGAGACAAGAGGUCAGACUAAUGAAUGACUUUAGGGCUUGUUGCAUUUCCUUUCUGCCUUCCAUUGUCCUCCAGUGUCUCUACAGCCAUGUUGACGGAGAGAGGAGCAGAAGUUAGGUUGCUUAAGAUUCAAAUGGGAUUACUAAUAUAGGGCAUUCCUUUUUAUUAUGUUAUAGAAUGGUUAUAUGAGAAUCAGCUCCUCGCAGAUUAUAUGUGAUUGCCAAAAUGUUGAUUGCAGCACUUCCUGAAAUGGAAGUGAAGAGAUCAUAUCCUUGUUUGGUUGUGUUGUGUUGUGCUUAAAGCAGGGUUCUUCAGUGGCUCUAUAAAGACUGGAUCACUGACUCAAGUGAUCAUUUUCCAGGUCUACAAAAUGUUGGUAAUGUACAGACGUUCUGGAAAAAUACAGAAUAAAAUGUUGUUCAGUCCUGA